AUGUUGAAAAUACUAUUUAAUAAUCGAUAUUUGAAGCCGAUUUAUCUGAUCAGAUCGUACCAUAAUUUGAAAUUGUUUCGCGAAUGUGAACAAACAAAACAUGAUAUGAUUACAGAUCUAGCUGUUGGCCAAGCACUGAAAUCGUGUGCUAACAUAAAAGAUUUUCAAGCUGGCUCCCGUAUACAUCACCGAUAUGCAUCAUUAAUAGAAAAAAACAACUAUUCAAUGGGAUCUCUGAUCGAUUUUUAUAUGCAAUCAAAAGAUGUUGAUAAUGCUCAGUUGCUCUUUGACAAACUGAAGAAGAAAACAGUUGCUAUUUACAGUAUAAUGAUGAAAGGAUAUAUUCGCAACAAUCAGGCACAAAAAGCAAUUGAAAUUUUCUUCCAAAUACCUAAUACAGAUGAGAAAAGUGUUUCAUUGUUUUUUCAUGCAUGCUCACAAGUUCCAAACGAAAAAACAUUAGAAUUAGUGAAGAAAGUUUUUUCUAACCUUCCCGAUCGUUACCAAAAUAACGAAUAUAUUCUGACAAAUGUUUUUAAUGUCUUCAUCAAAUGCAAUGAUCUAUCAAACGCUGAGAAAAUUUUUCCUAAAAUUGCCACCAAUGCGCUUAGUUAUGGAAAUUUUAUGAAUGCAUUGAAUAAAAACAAUCAACCUGUGAAAACAUUAAGCUUAUUUGAAGAAAUGACAAGAAAAUGUAUCAAAUUGGAUGCAACGGUUUCUCUUUUCUUACUCAAUGCGUGUGCUGCCAUUGGAAUUUAUACAGUAUCUCAAUCGAUAUUCGAAGAAAUCCCGAAAUCAUGUCUGAACGAUGUUUAUAUAAAAAAUGCAUUGAUUGAUAUGUGGGGAAAAUCGGGUUGUAUUGGCAAAGCAAAGAAUACAUUCGAAUCUUUGAGUCAACCGGAAACAGUUGGAUAUACAUCAAUGAUUAACUCAUACGGUUUGAAUGGAAUGGGCUUCGAUGCAGUCAAGUUAUUUUAUCAAAUGCCAGUGAAUCUUAUUCGCGAUGAAACUUAUGUAUGCGUUUUAAACGCAUGUUCACAUGCUGGACUUGUUGAAGAGGCUCAAAAGAUAUUUGCAACAGUAGAAAAGAAAACAGAAGAAAUUUGCACGAUUAUGGUCGAUUGUUUUAGUCGCUUGUCACUUUUCACAGAAGCAAAAGAGAUUAUUGACACUUACGAAUCGAAUCAUGCGCCGUCACCAGGAAUGCUUAUGGCGUUAUUGUCUGGCGCUCGAAAUGCGAAGAACUUAGAUUUAGCAGAAAAAACUUUUCAUCGUAUCCAGAAACAUUUCCCUCAACUAAAACAUCGAAUAGUUGCUGCGUCUGUUUUACUUGCAAAUGCCGAUGCAUCGAUAGUUAAUGGCAAGAUAUAUGUAUUUCGUGCUCACGAUUCAUCGCAUCCUCAGUCAAAGGAAAUCAAUCAAGAACUCACUUCGCACGGUCAUGAUUACGAUUCGAGUUGGAUCACACGUUCGUUAAAUUCAGAUGAAACUAUUGAAUCAGUUCUGUGUGGCCACAGUGAAAGGCUCACAAUCGCUUGGAACUUUGUCGUCCAUCCCAAUGCAUCACGAAUUCAAAUUACAAAAAAUCUUCGUGUCUGCGGUGAUUGUCAUCGAGCAACAAAAUUGAUUGCAAGUAUCCGACAAUGUGAAAUAAUUGUUCGCGACGCAAAUCGUAUUCAUCAUUUCUAUCGAAAUGGGCAAUGCUCAUGUAACGAUCAUUUCUAA